UAGGAAAAUGGGUCUUGACUCAUCUCUCUUUUACUUAGCAUUAUUUUCAUUGGUUUCUCAUAUUAUUUAUAUGUAUGCUUUAGGGGUUCCCCAUAGAUAAAUUAAUGUUGGAUGGCUGGUGGUUUCUAGGCAUUCAAAGAACACAAAUGGAUCGUGGUAAAAUCUAGUAUCUUACAGAGUAACAAGAGGUACGUGGUUAUGAUGGGAAAGUUGAGAUUUGGGAGGGUAUUGGACCGUUUAUGUUUUUCUUCUGGUUCUGGUUUUGGCUCGGGUUCUUGUCUCUGUGUUAGUACUAACUAUGGAAACGACGAAAAAGAAGAAGAAGAAAAAUACGAAAAAAAGCCACUAAUUGCAAAAACUGAUGAAGAAGUUGGUCCAUUGUUGAGACUCAAAGACAUUAUAGCUGGAACCCCUUCUCUGGCUUUCCAACUUAAGCCUAAGAUGGUGGUUCUGAAAGUAUCCAUGCACUGUAAUGGUUGCGCAAGAAAGGUUGAGAAACAUAUAUCGAAGAUGGAAGGAGUGAGUUCAUAUCAAAUAGACUUCGAAACAAAAAUGGUGGUUGUUACGGGAGACAUUGUUCCUUUUCAAGUAUUGGAAAGCAUUUCCAGAGUCAAACCUGCUGAGCUUUGGAACACUCCAUCCUCGUCCCCCUUGUAAUGACCUGAUUAUAUUUCACGUUGCUCGUGAAAUAUUUUCAUUGUGAGUUUAUAAAUACUUUGAACACCUACUUUAAUAUUAUAUGCAUUAAAGAUGAGUCGAGUAGUUAUAAAAAUCCUCCCACUCUUGAUUAUAUAUGUCAACCUGUUUAUCUUCACCAGUUAAAAGUGUGUCAAUUAAUAUUUUGUUACGUGUAAAGCGAAAAAAUUAGGUUAUCUUCCCCUUCUAUGUUCUUCUUUUUCCUGGUGUAUUGGUACCAGUGGCAACCAACUAGGACUAUUAACUAGUUGGCAACCAACUUGGGCAUGUUCGAUCAGUAUUUGGUUCCUAUUA